CUCCGGAGGCUACCGGAGCGUAAACAAGGCGCUGCUGUGAGUGAUGAGGAGGCGGACGGAGCUGAGCGGGGCCGGGAGCCGCCGAGGCUGAGCCUCUCUUCGUCCCCCGCCGGCCGGGGGCCCACGGAAGCGUCAUGAACUUGGCCAGUCAGAGCGGCGAGGCCGGCGCCGGCCAACUGCUCUUCGCCAACUUCAACCAGGACAACACGUCCUUGGCUGUUGGCAGCAAAUCAGGUUACAAGUUCUUCUCUCUUUCUUCUGUGGAUAAACUGGAGCAGAUUUAUGAAUGCACUGACACAGAAGAUGUGUGCAUUGUGGAGAGGCUGUUUUCCAGUAGCUUGGUGGCCAUAGUGAGUCUCAAGGCCCCCCGCAAACUGAAAGUCUGCCACUUCAAGAAGGGGACGGAGAUUUGCAACUACAGCUAUUCCAACACCAUUCUGGCUGUCAAGCUGAAUAGGCAGAGAUUGAUAGUAUGCUUAGAAGAGUCUCUGUACAUACACAACAUACGGGACAUGAAGGUGCUGCAUACAAUCAGGGAGACACCACCAAACCCUGCAGGCUUGUGUGCAUUGUCAAUAAACAAUGACAACUGUUAUCUGGCCUACCCAGGGAGUGCGAGCAUUGGAGAAGUGCAAGUCUUUGACACCAUUAAUCUGAGAGCCGCUAACAUGAUCCCUGCCCACGACAGUCCUUUGGCAGCCUUAGCAUUUGACGCAAGUGGCACCAAGCUGGCCACGGCAUCCGAAAAGGGGACAGUGAUCCGAGUAUUUUCCAUUCCAGAGGGGCAGAAACUCUUUGAAUUCCGAAGAGGAGUGAAGAGGUGUGUCAGCAUCUCCUCCUUGGCCUUCAGCAUGGAUGGCAUGUUUCUGUCGGCGUCCAGCAACACAGAGACAGUGCACAUUUUCAAACUAGAGACUGUGAAAGAGAAACCUCAGGAGGAACCCACAACCUGGACAGGCUAUUUUGGAAAAGUGCUGAUGGUCUCUACGAACUACCUGCCUGCCCAGGUCACAGAGAUGUUCAACCAAGGCCGAGCCUUUGCAACAGUCCGUCUCCCCUUCUGUGGGCACAAAAACAUCUGUGCGCUGGCCACAAUUCAGAAGAUUCCUCGUCUGUUGGUGGGAGCCGCAGAUGGUUAUCUGUACAUGUACAAUCUGGAUCCCCAGGAAGGAGGCGAAUGCACCCUGAUGAAACAGCACAAGCUGGAUGGCAGCAUGGAGCCAGCCAAUGAGAUUUUAGAAUCUGCGUCACAUGACCGGCCACUAGUAGCGCAGACUUUCAGUACUGCUGUGAAUAAAGGUACUUAUGUGCCUUCUUCCCCUACGAGACAUGCCUACACUGAGGACCUAGGUGCAGUUGGUGGCGCUUGCCUUGAAGACGACACCAAUGCCCUGCGAUUGGACGAAGACAGUGAGCACCCACCAAUGAUUCUUCGGACGGACUGAGCUCAGACGCGCUCCUGAGGCAGGGAAUGCCGGCCCAGCCUUUUUGGAGGACACUUGUGUCUGUGCUGCUACAAACUUGAGAGAGAUGGAGAGAGGAUGACAGACUCUUAAAUAGUUGGACGGCAACGAAAAUAACCCAUUCUAGCUGUAAUUUUGAUUCAAUGCCAUUAGGAGAAGGGUGGGGUGGAAAAGAUAUGGUUUCACUUUGGUAGCUUUAAAAGCCUGCUUUAUCCUUUAGGUGUGAGGAUAUAUCUUUAUCUCUCUCUCUCUAUUUUUUUGCUGUUCCUGUUGCCAAAACCUGCCGUUUGCGCGGUCUGUGGCACUCCCUAGCUUUGCAUGCCUUCUUGUGCCAAGCGAGCAGAUUCACUUUAUACCAAAAGUUUUCAGUUUUUUUAAAAUAAAUAAAUACAUGUUCAUAACACUUGGCCACUCAUCAGGAAGCAGGGAGGUUUUGGUUCUGGAUUCUCCGGCUUGUUCUGCUCAGACAUACAGGUCUUCAUGCAUGGGCUUGCAGGCACACCUGGUGACUGAAUGCAACCUUUAGGACUCCCCCCCCCUCCUUUGGGUUCUCUCUUGCUGCUGCCACCCCUCCCUCACAACCUCUUUCCAGCUCCCCAUCCUUUCUUCCUGGACCACUUUGUUAAUUAAACCUCCUUCUGAAUGUUGCCUUGCUUGUGGAACUUGUUGUGUUCUCCAAAAGGGGGAGAGGCCUCUGCUCCAGACGUCGUGGCUGCUUUUUCCCUAAGGAGGUGACAUGGAGAGAACUGCUUUGCAGAGGAACUGGGGGUGGAGCCUGCUCUUUGUCAGUCGUGUUGACUUUACUACAUAUCAGAAAGUAGAGCCAAGGUGUCAAGCAUUAAAGAUCUCGCGUUACUAACCCUGAAAGCAUGCUCCUCAGCCUCUUGCCUGACCAAUACCAUCUGCCCACUUUGAAGCUUGCUUUAAUACUUCCAAAGCUAGUCAUCCUUCUUGCUAACAACUUGAUGGCGCUCCCUUCAGAAUAUGUAGGUCCUGCACUCAGGUUUUGCAGCUGAGCAUACUCUUACGUAGGUGAUAGAGAAACACAGGGCCGCUGCUGCUGGAAAGGGCAGCCGUCUAUCGUGGGCCCCCAAGUAAUGUGUAGUGAAACCAACCUGGAAUCCUGAAUGGGGUGUGUUUCUCCCCUCCGCAUCACAUCAUUGGCUGUUGCUAAGAUGAGCAAGGAAAUGCAGAAUGGGUUAAGGCAGGGCAAAGUUCUUUUUCUAAACAGUGCAUAAUGAGGAUGGAGACCUGCUGUUCCCGGGGUGAGGGGUGGGGUGCAGCCCCACAUUUCUCAUGGCACGCUUCUCCACCCUUGGUCACGGGACAGGCAUUCUCCCUUGGCAUUCUGGGUGCUGGGCUGAGCCCCCACACACCCUUGUAUCCCAGUUUUGACCAAUGUGUCCCCUUACCAUCUCUUGUACCAUCUCUUCUGAGGUCUCUGUGGCAUGUUGCGUGACCUCAACAGCUUGUGUGGCAGUUCUUGAUGUCACAGAAGGGGCUGAUCCUGUUCCGGAACUGCCUGGACUCUGGUAAAGAGUGACCAAAGUUGGGCAAAACUGUUACCUGCUUUUAUGGAGCUGUAAUGUGCCUUGGGGGGGUGGGGGUUGUUUUUUUUUAACCUUUUAGAUCUGUUUCGUUGAGCAAAACCAAUGAUGUGUAUACCCUUUCAAGUGUGAACCUCUUGUUUUCUUAGAUUGUUAGCCACCUUUUUUUCAAUUAAAUUAUUACUCAAUCUCC